UAAUGACUCAAGUGUCUGUCUGAAUCGUCUUCCCCACUGGAUUCCCCUGAUACUGAAACAUGACUAUGAAACGAUCCCACCUACGAUUUCGAUUCACUUCCAAUCAAAGAUUCAACAACUAUCUCCUCCYUUUCUUCCUUCUAUUCAUCUCACUCUCUCUCGUCUUCUUUCACGCUCUAAGAUCAUCAUCGCCACAUUCCAUUUCCAAAACCCUCUCAAUAUCUGCCGCUGCUUCCCGUUCCAUCUCCCAUACAUCCAAUAACUUGCCUGAGGUUCCUCGUUUUGCCUAUUUCAUUACGGGUUCUAGAGGCGACGGAGCUCGUUUGGACCGGUUGAUCCGGGCGGUGUACCAUCCGAGAAAUUAUUACUUGUUGCAUCUGGAUCUGGAAGCUUCAGAUGCAGAGAGGCUUGAUCUCGCGAAGAAUGUCAAGGGUUUGAAGAAUGUGAUGGUGGUUGGAAAGGCUAAUUUGGUCACUUCUAAAGGACCUACCAUGAUUGCCUGUAUGUUGCACGCUGUUGCUCUUUUGUUGAAGCAAGGAAAGGACUGGCACUGGUUUAUCAAUCUUAGUGCUUCAGAUUAUCCUCUUAUGCCUCAAGAUGAUAUCCUCCACAUUUUCUCAUACUUGCCAAGGGAUUUGAACUUCCUCGAGCACACAACUAACAUUGGCUGGAAAGAGUUCCAAAGAGCAAGGCCAAUCAUUAUUGAUCCUGGCUUAUAUCAUUCAAAGAAAUCUGGUGUAUUCUGGGCCAAAGAGAAACGAUCCAUGCCUUCUUCAUUCAAGUUGUUCAUGGGAUCCACCUGGGUUGUGCUUACCCGACCCUUUCUCGAGUUUUGCGUUUGGGGAUGGGAUAAUCUUCCUCGUACUCUUCUUAUGUAUUACACAAACUUUGUGUCCUCCCCAGAGGGCUACUUUCACACCGUUAUCUGUAACCAUAAAGAUUAUCAGAACACAACUGUGAACCACGACAUGCACUACAUCAAGUGGGACAACCCCCCCAAACAGUUUCCCGUAAAUCUCACAAUCGAACACUUUCCGGAUAUGGUUGAGAGUGGAGCUCCCUUCGCUCAUUCUUUUGCAAAAGAUGAUCUGGUCCUUGAUAAAAUUGAUAGAGAGCUUUUGGGAAGAUCUGGUGGCCGGAUUCCGACUAGUGGUUGGCCUGUGGGAAGAUCGAUCCAAAGUAGUCUCGCUUACAAGAAGGCAGAUGCUAUUAAACCAUCAAUGAGUUCAAAGAGACUCGAGAAACUUGUAUCUGGUCUUCUAAGUACCGAAAAUUUUAGGCCUAAACAGUGCAAGUAAUAUGGUUAAUCUCUUGAUGUAUAUAUAAAGCAUUUUGUCCUGAUUCAUGAUUCUUUCUGUUGUAACUGUGUCAAUCAAGUUUCAAGUUAAAGGUUUU